CGUCCAAUAUUUUUACUUGAAAGCAGUGGAUAAGAAAGUUGUGCAUAAUUACUGUCUGUAUAAGGUUACUGAAUGAAUCAGAUAUACCGACGAAUAAAUUUGAAAAGAGCAUCUUAUGGGAUGCUGCUUGUACGUAAUUGUAAGGUGCUCAGAUUGGUCUAAGCUGCAAUCAAAUACAGGAAGAGUUUCGCGGUUAUAGUUGUUUUACCGUUCUGGAUUUGUCGAAUAGAAAUUUGGAGUUGCGGCUGGAAUUACCUUGUAACGUGUGGAUGGUUUGACCAGUGAAACUUACAAAUAGUUUACUCCAUUGGAUUAAGUAUUGUAGGAGUAUCCAUGUCAGUUGUUAAGUGAAGCGUCGACGUUACUGAUCUUUCCACAUAACGUCCGCCGUCUAUGUAGGAGGAAGAAAGCGCCAGAUGCAGUCUGCACUGAUACCUCGAGCUUCAUUUCUUUGUGCCUUUCCUACACGAAGAUUGAUUUCAACUAAAGCUGAUUCCACAGUUGAUCGAAUAUUACGUGUCGACCAUGCUGGUGAACUUGGCGCUGAUCGAAUUUAUGCUGGGCAAAUGGCUGUUUUAGGAAACAGCCCUGUCGGUGCAACAAUUCAACACAUGUGGGAUCAAGAAAAGGCUCACCUGGCCAAAUUUGAAGAUUUAAUUCGUAAACACCGUGCUAGGCCGACUGUCAUGCUGCCACUGUGGAAUAUUGCAGGAUUUGCACUUGGUGCAGGUAGUGCUCUCUUAGGUCCUAAAGCUGCAAUGGCCUGCACAGUAGCUGUAGAAUCUGUAAUUGUUGAACAUUAUGACAGCCAACUGCGUGAGCUUGUUGGAAGGCCGAACGAAGCUGUGGAUCAAGAACUGCUGGAGACUAUUCGACAGUUUCGAGAUGACGAGCAAGACCAUCACGAUACAGGCCUUGCACAUGAAGCAGAAGCUGCACCUUUCUACAAUGUACUCACUGCUAUCAUCAAAGUGGGAUGUCGUACAGCUAUUGCCAUAUCUGAGGCCGUGUAAGAAAUUGUUGAAUUAACUGUUAUUGUAAGCCUGUUGUCUGCUGUUUACCAGAGAGUUUCAAUGUAAUUAUUGUAAAAUUGUCAGGAUAAGGUUUGUGAAACAGAAAUUUUGCACAAGAAGAAAUGCAUUAAGUUUUUUAACCCAAGAAAAUAACAUGAAGAUGUGUGCAGGUAAGUCUUGGAGAUGCACUGUAACCAUGUUGCAUUAAAAGGAAGUAUGAAUGCCA